AUGCCAAAAAACUACACAGAAGAAGAUCUUUUCCGAGCAGUUUCAGCUGUGAAAAGAAAUCAGUUAACUGUGACUCAGGCUGCCAAAGAAUAUGGCCUCCCUCGGACAACACUUACCGACCAUAUAAAGUAUCCUGAAAGCAAGACAAAGAAAGGUCCACAAAAACAGCUUAAUAAGGAAGAAUCGGAUGGUUUAGUGGCAUUCGUACUGUACAUGGCGGGACAAGGGUUUCCGAUGACCAGACGAAUGGUUCGAUGCUACGUUCAAGAGAUUGUACGACGUUCCGGUCGCACAACGUUGUUUAACUUAGAAAAAGGUCCAAGUGACGAAUGGUUCAGGAAACUUAAAGCUGACUAUCCACAGCUGGCCUUCAGAAAGCCUGAGAACCGCGAAAGGGGUAGGAGCAGAAUGUCCAAUAAGAAGGUCGUCAACGACUUUUUUCAGUUCUGGAUCAAAGCAUUCUUGCCUAACUGCGGGAGAGCUCGUCCAGUGCUGCUUCUCAUGGACAAUCAUGAUUCUCACAUCUCUCUGCCUUUGAUUGAGAAAGCUAGAACAGAGGGUGUUAUUCUGGUAGGGUUACCUUCGCAUACAACACACUUCCUGCAGCCACUCGAUGUCCGUGUUAUCGGACCACUUAAGGAAAAAGUUGAGACACUAGCUUCAAGUGUUGGCUUUGCACGGCCAGGUUGUACCAUUGGUAAGUCUCGACUGCCAGUACUACUGAGCUAUGCAAUUGACAGUACACCCCCGACAACAGUCAAAGAAGCUUUCAGACUUGCUGGCAUAAUGCCAGUCAACCCUGAGAUAAUCGACGUGAAUCAACUUAUUCCGCCUACCUUUGCUGGUGACAAUGUGUGUGAUGAACCAGAAGAGUCCACUCAGACGUGCGAAACCUGUGGCCAGUUUAUCGGCCAGAAUCCUUUAGUAGAAAGGGGAGUCGUGCCAGCUUCUCUGGCAGAAGUUCUUGUACCGCCACCAGCAAAACCAUUGUCAGAGAAGAAAAAGAUGGGCAGAGUUGUUACAAGCGGCAGGGUGAUAUCGGGAGACGAGAUGUUGCAAGUAUUAAAGGAAAGAGAGGCUGCCCAGAUGAAAAAGCAGGAAGAGAAAAAAGUACGUGAUGAAGAGAGAGAAAUUAGACGCAAGAAGAAGUUAGAGGAUGAUGAAAUGAAGGUUGAAAAACGAAGAAGGAAAGAGGCAGAGAAAGCUGAAAAGGAGCAGGAGAAGUUGAAAGAGAAGGAAAGAAAGGAAAAAUAUGGAAAACUGACAGAGAAGAAAUACACGUGCGGGGUCUGUGAUGUAAGAGGACGAAUUAAUGAUGAAAUGUAUGGAAUUGAAUGGUAUGGGUGUGACAAUGACACGUGCAAAACAACCGGUUGGUAUCACUUUGAAUGUUUGUCUGAGGCUGAAAAGGCAGUGAUAAGGGAAAGUCUAGAUGAUGAAGAUGUCAGGUGGUACUGUAAGGCUUGUUUUCCUCGUCUGUACGAGGAGGAGUAGAUUUAUUGAAUGAACGUAAUAUGAAUGUCAGUACCUUAGACUUUACGCAAAUUUUAAACUGUGAACACCGUGGUGUAUCUUUAAAUUAACAACAUCUUUUGUGAUGUUAAGUUUCUGUUUUCUUUCUUGACAGACUUUUGUUAAUUGUUUGUUAAAUGUUACAGAUGUUUUAUAGUUUAAACCAGCACUGUAGAGUACCACCAUUGUGGUCAAUAGAGCUCCGUUGACUGGCUGAUUAUUAAACCUGUUACUAGUCAUAUGUUAGUUAGUAUAUUUACAUAUAAUUUGAACAGUGUUACCAUAUCAUUUGCUGUCAUCAAUCCAAAAUAUUAAACAGUAAAGAAAUUUUCAUCAUAUCAGGUAAGAAUUUUAUUUUAUAGAGUUGUUUUACAACACGCUAAAUUAAACACGUGAACCUUCAAACUUCUAUUGUAUUUAUUAAUUUCUCCAGAAAGAUUAGAAAAAACACGGAUGGUGCUUUUCUAGUCGUAUUCACUGUCAAAAUGUACAUAAAUAAUAAAACAAAAAUCGAUGACGGAAACUGCUUCUGUAGUCAACUGAUUCAGCUCUAUUUAUACACCCCUUUUGGAGCCCCUCUGUGUGUUAUCACGUGCGCCAGACACUAUCGAUAUUUAUGUUUUCGAAAAGCAGAAGAGCUAAGGUAUUUUCUUCGGGGACAUUUUAUAGAACUGAAACGUUCAAGAAAAAAUAUAUUUCAAAAACCUUCAUUUUAUGACGGAAACUACUUCGAUA